AUGAGCGAUCUGAGCGUGAACCUCACAGCGCCCAACGGCCGGACCUACACACAGCCUUUGGGUCUGUUCAUCAACAAUGAGUUCGUCAAGUCGUCGAGCGGACAGACCAUUACCUCGAUCGAUCCCGCUACAGAGAAGGAAAUCGCUUCCGUGCAGGCUGCGAACGCCCACGAUGUUGAUAAGGCUGUUCAAGCAGCCUACGCAGCUCUCAAGAACCCCUCAUGGAAGAAGAUGGCGAGCUCGGAUCGCGGCAUCCUCAUGAACCGCUUGGCAGACCUGAUAGAAGCCAACAAGGAGAUCUUUGCUACUAUCGAUGCUUGGGAUAACGGCAAGUCCUACUCCGAGGCGCUAAACACCGAUCUGGUCGAGGCUGUUGGCACCAUCCGCUACUACGCGGGCUGGUGCGACAAGAUCUUUGGGCAGACAAUCCCUCUGCCCAACAAGCUCGCCUACACUCUGCGCCAACCCAUCGGAGUCGUCGGUCAGAUCAUUCCCUGGAACUACCCGCUCUCCAUGGCGUCUUGGAAGCUUGGGCCCGCACUAGCAUGUGGAAACACAGUCGUGCUCAAGGCCGCUGAGCAGACGCCGCUGAGCAUUCUUGUGCUCGGAACUCUCAUCAAAGAGGCUGGCUUCCCUCCCGGAGUUGUCAACUUCAUCAAUGGUUACGGCAAGGACGCCGGAGCGGCCUUGGUCCAGCAUCCGCUUGUUGACAAGGUUGCAUUCACUGGCUCCACUGCUACAGCGGCUAACAUCAUGAAAAUGGCUGCUGCUACGCUCAAGAAUAUCACUCUAGAGACUGGUGGCAAGUCACCAUUGCUAGUGUUUGACGAUGCCGACCUAGAGCAGGCAGUUAAGUGGUCGCACCUGGGCAUCAUGUCCAACCAAGGGCAAAUCUGCACCGCCACCUCCCGUAUCAUGGUGCACAAGAACAUCUACAACAAGUUCAUCGAGCGGUUCGUCCAAGAAGUCAAGAAUACAAGCAAGGUUGGGCUCCAGUGGGACGAAUCCACUUACCAGGGGCCACAAGUCACCAAGCAGCAAUACGACCGCGUCCUCUCCUACAUCGAGUCGGGCCGCGCUUCCGGUGCUACCGUCGCCACGGGUGGGCAUGCCAUCACCAACAUUGGCGACGGCAAGGGAUACUUCGUCGCUCCUACCGUCUUCACCAAUGUCAAGGAUGACAUGUCUAUCUGGCGAGAGGAGAUCUUUGGCCCUGUCGUGGUCGUGAGCGAGUUCGGCGAUGAGGAGGAGGCGAUCCAGCGGGCCAACAACACGACAUACGGCCUCGGCGCCGCCGUGUUUACGACCGACCUGGAGAAGGCGCACCGAGUCGCGAGUGAGAUCGAGGCCGGUAUGGUCUGGAUCAACAGCAGUCAGGACUGCGACCCACGCGUUCCCUUCGGAGGCGUCAAGCAGAGCGGUAUUGGCCGAGAACUGGGCGAGGCUGGGUUGGAGGCAUAUUCGCAGAUCAAGGCUGUCCAUCUUAAUAUGGGCAACCGCUUGUAG